CCGUGCUGGACUCCUCUCCCAAAGCAGGAAUUGCCCCGUGGCAGCCACCGGCCCCUCCUCUGAUUGCUAUCCAUUGCAAAACACAGUGGUGGCUUGGCUGGUCAUGGCGGUGCCUGUCUCCGCUCUAGAUUGUGGACAGAUGAGCUUGCUUGUCGUCUCAUUCAGAAGGGAAUGGCAUUUCUGUUACUAGGAGUUGAGCUUGUGAUUUCAAUGGAAAGCGAGAAAGAAAAAGAAAAGAUGGGGAAGAAGAAGGCGAACCGGCAUUUGGACAGGACCCCUCAUUCAAAACCAACAACCACCUAUAUGAGAACCUGAAGAGGGGUCCAAAAAAGAAGAAGAGAGGGACCAGACAUGGCCACCACAACGGGCAAAAAAGUCCGUUUUGGCACCAGGAUCAUGGCCCGCAAAGGCCGUUUCGGUGAUGAGAAGCAGCAAUUUACAGCUUUCAUGAGUCGCAGUUUGACAGCUGCCAGGUGCCAGGUGCCAGGUCUGUGCUGCUCUUCGUUUCGCCUUCGCUGCUGUUAAAUUCAGCCCGGCUCCAUCUUGACACUUCUUUCUUACUCGCUUUCCAUUGCCUUGCAGCACAUUGUUGACAAUGGCUUGGAUUAUAUUUACUAACAUCCAAUCCUUCUUCAGGGCUCUCUACUACUACUCUUUCCCAUCUCUUCUCCGCAUAAUCACCAGAGUACUUCCCCCGUACUGCUGGGUCAAACUACACACAAUGGCUGAAUCAGUUCCCAUUCCCGAGCCUCCUGGUCUGCCCUUCAUUGGCAACUUGGGCGAGUUCAGCUCCAGCCCUCUUCAGGACUUGAUCCGUCUCUCCAAGACCUAUGGCGAAAUUUACAGACUCCGAUUCGGUAGCAGACCACAGACUUUCGUCUCCAGCUACGAGCUUGUCGCUGAAUGCUGCGACGAGAAGCGCUUCAAAAAGACCAUCAACGGUACUCUUGGUCAAGUCCGUAACGGUGUUCACGAUGGCCUCUUCACAGCCGACCUCGACGAGCCCAACUGGGGCAAGGCUCACAGAAUCCUGGUCCCUGCCUUCGGUCCUCUCUCGAUCCGCAGCAUGUUCGACGAGAUGCACGAUAUCUCUAGCCAGCUUGCCAUGAAGAUUGCUCGCCACGGCCCCACGACCCCCAUUCCCGCCAGUGACGACUUCACCAAGCUCGCUCUCGACACCCUCGCUCUCUGCUCGAUGGACUACCGUUUCAACUCGUUCUACCACGAAGACCUUCAUCCCUUCGUCCAGGCUAUGGGUGACUUCCUGACUGAGUGCGGUGUUCGCAACAAGCGCCCCUCAUUUGCUCCCAGCUUCCUCUACCGCGCGGCCGACGAGAAGUACCAGAUGGACAUCGACACCAUGCGCGAUGUCGCCGAUACUGUUGUUAAGAACCGCAAGGAGAACCCCUCUGAUCGCAAGGAUCUCCUCAAUGCCAUGUUGGCUGGUGUCGACCCUCAAGAUGGCCAGAAGCUCAGUGAUGCCAACAUCACUGAUCAGCUCAUUACUUUCCUGAUUGCUGGUCACGAAACAACCUCUGGCAUGCUUUCGUUUGCUUUCUACCACUUGCUUAAGAACCCUGCCGCUUACCGCAAGGUCCAGCAAGAAGUUGAUGAGGUCAUUGGCCGCGAGAAGAUUACCAUUGAACACAUGACCAAGCUUCCCUACAUUGCUGCUAUUCUCCGCGAGACUCUCCGCCUCAGCUCUUCCAUUGCUGCUAUUGGUGUUGAGCCCUAUGAGGACACCCUCGUUGGUGGCAAGUACUUCGUGCCCAAGGGCGAGCCAAUCAUCCUGCUGCUCACUCGCUCUCACCUGGACCACACUGUCUACGGUGAAGAUGCCGAAGUUUUCAACCCCGACCGCAUGCUUGACGAGAACUUUGCUAGACUGCAAAAGGAAUUCCCCAACUGUUGGAAGCCGUUUGGCAACGGACAGCGUGCCUGUAUUGGUCGCCCCUUUGCCUGGCAAGAGGCUGUUCUCGCCAUGGCCAUGAUGAUCCAGAACUUCAACUUCACUUUCGAUGACCCCAACUACGUCUUGAAGACCCAGGAGACUCUCACCGUCAAGCCCAAGGAGUUCAACAUGCGGGCCACACUCCGCCACAACAUGACUGCUACUGAGCUUGAGCAGAGACUCGCCGGCAAGGGUGUCAACAAGGACGAGACUGACAAGGCGAAGAACGCUGCUGCCGCCGUCCCCGCCGCAAACCGCAAGCCCAUGGCCGUUUACUACGGAUCCAACAGUGGUACUUGUGAGGCUCUGGCUCAGCGCGUUGCUGCUGAUGCUCCUCAGCACGGCUUCGAUGCCAGCAUCCUCGGCCCUCUGGAUUCUGCCAACCAGGAACUCCCCAAGGACCGCCCCGUCGUCAUUGUCACUGCAUCCUACGAAGGCCAGGCUCCUUCCAACGCCGCUCACUUUGUCGACUGGAUUGAGAGCCUCAAGGGCAAGGAGAUGGAGGGUGUUUCAUACUCCGUCUUUGGCUGCGGUCACCACGACUGGGCCCAGACUUUCCACCGCAUUCCCAAGCUUGUCGAUGCUAAGCUGGCUGAGCUUGGUGGUGAGAGACUCACUGAGCUUGCCACCACUGAUGCUGCUGAUAGCGACAUGUUUGGAGACUUUGAGACCUGGGAGGAUGAGUCUUUCUGGCCCGCUGUCAAGACCAAGUUCGGUGGCUCCGAUGACACCGACGCCGCCGGUGCUGCUCCCUUCACCGUCGAGGUCACCACUCCCCGCCAGAGCACCCUCCGCCAGGAUGUUGAAGAGGCUGUUGUUCUUGACACCAGAACCCUUUCUACCUCUGGUGCCACCAAGAACCACAUUGAGAUCCAGCUUCCCACUGGCAUGACCUACAAGGCUGGAGACUAUCUCGCUGUUCUCCCCUUCAACCCCAAGGCCAUUGUCUCUCGUGUCUUCCGUCGCUUCCAGCUCUGCUGGGAUUCCUACAUCAAGAUCACCGCUGAUCGCCCGACUGCUCUCCCUACUGGCACCGCUGUCUCUGCCAACGACAUUCUUACUGCUUACGUUGAGCUGAGCCAGCCCGCUACCAGACGUAACAUCGCCGAAUUGAUCAGUGCCACCGAGGACAAGGACACCAUUGCUGCUCUCGAGAAGCUUGCUGGAGAUGACCACCAGGAGCAGGUCACUGCUAAGCGUCUCUCCGUUCUUGAUCUCCUCGAGCGCUUCCCUACCGUUAACCUGCCCUUCGGUGCCUACCUCGCCAUGCUGCCUCCCAUGCGCGUCCGCCAGUAUUCCAUCUCCUCCUCGCCUCUCGCCGAUCCUACCAAGCUCACUCUGACCUACUCGGUUCUCAACCAGCCUGCCCUCUCUGGCCAGGGCGACCACGUUGGUGUCACCACCAACUUCCUCUCUCUGCUUCACGUCGGCGACAAGCUGCACGUUUCCGUUCGCCCCUCUGUCAAGUUCCACCUGCCCACUGAUGCUGAGAACGUUCCUCUGAUUGGUGUCGCCGCCGGCUCUGGUCUCGCCCCCUUCCGUGGCUUCGUCCAGGAGCGUGCUGCCAUGAUUGCCGCUGGCCGCAAGGUUGCCCCUGCUAUUCUCUUCUUCGGUUGCCGCUCGCCUGAUGCCGACGAUCUCUACGCCGAAGAGUUUGCUCGCUGGGAGCAGCUCGGCGCCGUCGAGGUCCGCCGCGCUUACUCUCGCGAUACUGAGAAGUCCGAGGGCUGCAAGUACGUCCAGGACCGCAUGUACCACGACCGCGAGGACAUCUACAAGCUGUGGGAUAUGGGUGCCAAGAUCUACGUCUGCGGCAGCCGUGAUGUCGGUAAGGGCAUUGAGGAUGCCUGCAUCGCCAUGAUCAAGGAGAGCGGAACCAAGAAGCUCGCUCACAUCGUCACUGACGAGGAAGCCCGUGCUUGGUUCGAGAAGUACCGCAACGAGCGCUACUUGACCGACGUUUUUGACUAACUUGUCGGAUUUUAUCAUUUUACAUGAAAUUGCAUUUAUAUACCACAUAAUGGGCUUUUGGGUUGGGAUAAAAGGUUAAUGACGUCUAGUUUCAUAUGUUUUCUUUUUUGAAUAUACUAUUUACCAGUUAUGAAACCCUGUAUUGCAUUACUUGCGAGUGAUUUUGUGUAUAAAGCUUAGUAGAUACAGAGAUAACGGAGUCGUGGAUUCCCAGACUAUUGGUUGUUCUCUGCCACUGGUCUAACACUUUAGAUGCUUGACCUGACUAGAGGUCAAGGCACAGAAGUACAUAUGGAUGAAGAAUUCAAAUUACUUAUAUUCAAUAUAACGCCGUAUACGUCUAUCGCACUCCUAUGGUAUUGAUGCGCGCAGGAAAGGAAAACAAGAAACAACAAUCCAACCCUACUCUAUCUUUAAUCCAAAAACCUCAUCAUCAGGGUAUGCAUAAACUUAAUCCUGGAAGAACUUGACAACCUGCUGCAAGUCUCUCAGUCCGACACCGUGCCUGGGGUAGCAAAUGUAAACAUCUUCGCCAAGAGCGCCAAACUUGUUACGGAAGCCAGUCUUGCGCAGAAGGCCGAGGCGGUUGACGAUGGUGUUGUAGGUUGUGGCGAGGAACUUGGCGCGGAUACCGUUGAGGUGCUCACCAGGCUUGAACUUUUGCGAGGCACCAACACCAAAGGUGACCUGACCGGUGAUGGCGCUAAAGACGUGCUCAAUGAGGACCUCGAUAGCACCAUUGACGGCUCCGGGGAAGUCGAGUGCCCACUUGACCUGCCAGCCGUGCUUGGGAGACAGCUUGGCGAGGACGACGAGGCACUGUACCUUUCCGUCCUUCUCGGCAACAAAGUAGCGGCGAUGAGCCUGGUCAACCCAGGGUCGCACUUCAGUCAAGUGGACUUGCUUGCCCUUUCUGUUGUCCUUCCAGGCUUGAAUCUCGGGAUCGACUCGGCUGAUGAAGUCGGCGUCGACCUUGACCUCGUGGAUCUUGACACCUUCACGCUCUACACGACGGGCCUUGGCGGGAUCAGUGCUGGUGACAUGCUUGUCGGCAUUGAUGCGCUGCUCCUCGGUACAAGACAGUGUUCGCCAGCCGAGAUCGCGGCCUAGGAUCUUUUGGACGUCGAAGGAGACAAGCAUCCACAUGGGGACCAGCUUGAGAUCUUGUGUGACAAACUUGACGAAUGAUUGGCAGACGUCCUUGUAUUGAGAAGAAUCACACAGAGGAUCACCAGUAACCAUGGCGAAUUUGCCGUGCUUGACGUAGCCAAUGGCAGCACCAGUUUCGUGGCGCCAGAUCAAGAAGCGUUCGUCGAGCCAUGACGUGUUGGAGGCAUCACCAUAGUUGGCAAUGAGCUUUUCAAUCUGGGGCGGUGUUGCAAGGUGCUUCGUGGUGUCGGCUUCGGGGUGUGGCAGCCCAGGCUUGCGCUCAGGAAGCGACUUGGGGUCACGAUGGAAGAGAGACGCGUAGCGGACAUCGCCAAUUUCUAGCAUCCAAGCUACGAUGCGCUCCAAGCCGAGACCAGCGCCGGCGUGGGGAGGAGCACCGAGGUCAAAGGCCGUCAAAUAGUCCUCCAUACCCUCCUCAGCGAUGCCUGCAGCUGCGAGAUUGUCACGCAACUCCUGGGCAUUAUGAAUACGCUGACCGCCAGAGCAAAUCUCUUGGCCACGGAUGAAUAUAUCGAAAGAUCGUGUAAAGUUGGGAUCCUCGGGAUCUUUGUACGUGUAGAACGGGCGGGCGCUUGUGGGGAACCGGUCGAGGACGUAGUAAUCGGUGCCGUAUUUUUCGAGGACAAGCUCACCAAGACGCAUCUCGUCUGGCGUGGAGAGAUCCUCCAUGGGAACAUCUCUGCCGUCGUCGCGGAGCAUCUGAAUACCUUCAGUGAAGUCUAGAAUCAGGGUCUCGUCCAGCCACUUAAACUCCUUGCUGGGCCAUCUCUUUUUGACCUGUUCAAUUUCGGGCAUGGCAUAGACGGCUUUGAAGACCGACUUGAGGAAGUCGUCCAGAACAGCAAUGACCUCGUGGUAGUCGUUCUCGAUAGCCAUUUCAAUAUCUAGACCCGUGUAUUCUGUGAGAUGACGAUGCGUGUUGGAGUUUUCUGCACGGAACACAGGACCAAUCUCAAAGACACGGCCAAAAUCGGCCGAGACGGACAUUUGCUUGGCGAGCUGUGGGCUCUGGGCAAGGAAGGCGUUGCGGCCAAAGUAGUUGACCUUGAAGACGGCGGCACCACUCUCUGUCGCUGCAGGCUGGAGCUUGGGGGUAUUGAUUUCAAGGAAGCCUUGCUCUUCAAGUGUUUCUCGGAACUUGCGCAUAACAAGAGAGCGGAUCCUGAAGAGAGCAUGGUUGGAAGGAUGGCGGAGGUCGAGAAUACGGGAGGACAUGCGGUUACGCAGAGUCUCUGGAGGCUUGUAGUUGUUCCAGGGAGUGUGUUGGGCAAGGUUGACGAGAUGGAUGGCCUCGAUAUCGAUUUCAAUGCUGGACUGGGUUGCGGAACGAAUUGGCUCAGGCGGUUGCUUGAGUGUACCUGCAACUUGGACAAGCGACUCUGGGGGCAGCUUUUGCACCCAGCUAAUCAGGUCUGUGUCGUGACGAGCGAUGACACCUUGAACAGAAUGAGUCUGGUCGCGCAGCAGGAGGAAGUCAAGUGCCUUGGAAAGCUGGCGUUGUGUGUAGAUGCGGGCUCGGAAGUUGACAGAGGUGCCAAUGGGCAGCGUAUCAAGCUGACCUAUGGUAGUGAGCUCAUUAGGGUGGACUGGCCAGUCAGCACUUGAAGUGCUGCGGACACUGUCCAUGCUGCCGCGGGGAGAGUUGCUACCACUGCCACCAAAGCCAUCGUUGAGGCCAGCGAGGAUCCUGCGCGUAGCUUCGGUAUGAAUGGGGGAAGCAGGGGUGUUGACCUGGGAUGACGACAUUGAGCCACCUUGCAGGCGCAGCUGCUCUCGCUGCUCGAGACUAAGGCGGUCAAAGUCGAUAGAGGACGCUGGAGUUGUGUUUGAGGUUUGAUUUGGGCUGAUUCGGCGAGGGAAGCGGUUCGAGCCAGCCGGGGAGUUGCUGCGAGGCAUACCAAAUGCCGAGGCAAUGGUGUUUGGCGUCGCAGCGCCCGGAGUUGAUGAGGACGGCAUGAUUGCAGUUGGAGUGCGUUUGGCUGCAAGAGAAGUGUGAGUUCUACUAGCUUGAGCAACCGGCGACUGAAGCAAUCAGCAGCAGCUUGAGCAAAACAGCGGCGGGGUAGACGGAUGCAAGCACAAAAGACUGUGUGGUGAUUAGAUAACCCCUAGGGGAUGGGCGGUAUUUAAAAGCAACAGCAAGAAAACAGGUGCCAGCAGCAGAGGAUUAGCGAUGAGGCUGGUGGCUUUUGUGGUCUGGGCGAUCGGUAGCUGUCGUUCGUUUCCGGCCAAAGGAGGGGUGGAUCGCGAAGGCAAUUCGCAGCCAAGGCUGGGCGAAGUUAUGGGUGGGCGGGGGAAAGCAGUGCUAGCUGAAUGAGGGUUAGAGGGGGCGGGCACUAAGAAUUCAGGGAGUAGCGGAAGCGUACGGGAAAGAAAAAUAUGGUGAUGUCGAGAAGAGUAGGAGGAGAGAAGAAGCAAAAGACAAAAGGCGGAUGUAGGGGCGAGCGGAGCUGGACUAAUAAAAGGGAAAGGAGGAGGACGGGCAAAAUUGAGAAAGGAUGGACGGUGGUGGUGGUAAUUUUUUUUUGGGCGGCGAGCGGAGGAGGGGUAGGGGAGGGGCAUCCCCUUGGGGGGGAUUGCUGACACGCGCACGGCAGCGUCCAGUAGCGAGGUAGAGGUACCGUUACAGCGGCCUUUAGCGGGCCUGGUUUGUCGCCUGCUGCUGUAGAAGCGCCGUAUUUCCCCUACAUUUGCUUAGCAAGCGUGCUGGUUUGUCUGCAGCAUGCCGUUACUAUUUGCUGAGUUUCCCACAUGUAAGUAAAGACCUGAGCUGAUUAACGUACUGUAAAAGAAGACACUCGAAGCCAUUUACAAACAGCCAACUAUCCGCUUACAGGAUGCUUUAAUAAGCUUCUGACUUAAGCUUUCCACUACCCGAGGCCAUCCCACGUAUAGCCGGACAAUCGCAGAGGUUAUGCGACCCGACUGCCCUUCGCACUGCGCUGAUCUCCAUCACGAGCAGAUAAAUACUUUCCAAUUGCCCUUCUCGCUCGGCUUUCUACAUGUCUUCUUCCUUUUUUGGUCCUUACACCGGGCACGUGGCAAAGUCCGAAUCUGCGCUGAAACUGAAGGCUUCUUCCGGUCAUUCCGUGGUCGACGGCGCAGAGCGGGCCCCACCAGUCGCCGUAGCGAGACCCCGACGGCGGGGUGCCAACGCUGUGGGAGAGCACUGAAGGAUUCUCAAGGUUUGGUUGGAUAUAGUUUGCACUCGACUUGUUGAAACACGCGUACAUAAACAUGGUUGCAAUUUGGAUAGUAAACUAUAGAAUCGGCAAUUGAUCAUCUCCAUGAGGAAGCCUUAUACCGUAAGCUCAACGGUGUGCCACGCACUUUAACACAAUGUCUCGGAUUCCUCGCUUUAGAUGCAGGAAAGCAAGCCUGUCGGGGUCACGGAUGGCGCGGCUGUUCUACUGGGCGCGGCGCACAUGACGCUAAGCGGACUGUCCGCCGUAGCCCAACGAUGAUUCAUCGGAUUAGACUUGAAUGCACAGAAACGAGAAGGGACAUGAAGAAUGUGGUAAGAUGAUCUGUGAUUUUUUUCCAAUGUCAAUCACAAGACCAAAUCCUACAUCAUGAAUGAGCAUACUCCCGGCUAUCAGCCCUGUAGGUACAGUGGACUGCCGUGGCAUCGCGCAAUGCUAGGCGUUUAAAUUUUUGGCAUGAUGGAAAUUGCUGGGGGAUAUAGUGAACAAAACCCCUUGAAGAAAGGAAACUGGAACCGUAUAUCUCCCGUCUGCUAUGUAAUAGAACCUGGUGAUUGGAGGACAGUAGACGAGAUUAUUUCUUUCGCCGGCCUAUGGUAAGCCAUUAGCACCACGCAACGCAGCCUUGAAGUGCCGAGAGAGCUAUCCUACAUGAGAGCGUCCAUUUUCUACAUCGCUCGCCUAACCAAGUCAAUAGGGCACAGAAAGAAGGAAAAUAGUCUAUAAAUUUAACCCAAUAUUUCCACUUUUUAAGCAAGAUUCGGG